AUGCCUCUAGGCGAUUUCGCUCAACCAAGUGGGAAUAUGGAUGUGUUCAUUGUUGGUGCUUUGCGGACUCCCAUCGGUCGCAUGUCUGGUUCAUUGGCUGGUGUUCCUGCUCAUAAGCUGGGCGCUAUCGUUAUUCAGCAACUGUUGUAUGACGAGUCCAGUGAUCUAAAAUCAAAAAUUAUACCUCGAUUGGAUGAAGUUAUUGUCGGUCAGGUGUUCACCGCAGCAACGGGUCAAAAUCCUGCCCGUCAGGCUGCAGUUCUUGCUGGAAUUCCUUUCUCAGUACCUUCUUGGAAUGUGAACAUGAUUUGUGGGUCGGGUUUGAAAGCUGUUUGUCUAGCCUACGAUCGACUGAAGAUUUUGUCCAGUGACGGUGGCUGGAUUAUUGCCGGCGGCCAGGAGUCAAUGAGUCAGGCUCCCCAUGCCACACCGGCCGGAUGCAGUUUGCGACGUGGUGGCAUGCAAAACAGUGCCGGUUUGCCUCAUUUGGGUGACUUUCGUCUGAUCGAUACCGUGAUGCACGACGGGCUCACGGACGCAUUUUGUGGCAAACUGAUGGGAUGCACUGCGGAAACAAUCGCUAAAAAGUACGUAGUUGAAUCAGUUUUCCGCAUCACACAAAUUUCUCACUUCCUUAUUCUACUGGUCAUGAAAGUUUCCGAUCAUCUUUUUCAUUGGUCUGUAGUGAGGUCACUGUACUCGCAUGGUCAUGUAAAGGUGUAUGAUGAACUAAAUAGGCCAUUCAUCACCAGCAGCGGCGUUCGUCAAGGGAGCUCUCUUCCGCUGUUCCUGUUCAAUUUUAUCGCAGACGAAAUGCUAAGGAACUUAGUGGUUUCCAAAACGUCGGUAUUGAAUGGACAGCUGGAGAAAAGCUGUGAGAUUUAG